AUGAAUGGGCGAAAUCGGCAAGAAAGCCAAGCCGGGCCACCGACGUCCAAUAGUACACGCUCUUUUUGGCACCGCGAACCGUCUGGAAGGUUACUCGGCCACGUCACAACUGAAACCCUUCCGUCAGCGGCCGAGGUCGUCAUCAUUGGCAGUGGCAUGACAGGCGCCUUUGCUGCCAGAGAACUUCUCGCCGCUGGUUUGCGUGUUGUCAUGCUGGAGGCUCGAGAGGCCUGCUCGGGCGCUACAGGACGCAAUGGAGGCCACUGCCAGCCGGGUGUCUGGGACAGCGCUCUCGAGGUGGCUCGCUUUGAACUGGCAACUUUUGACAUGAUUGAAAAUCUCGUCAAGGACAAUGGUAUUGACUGCGAUUGGCAUGCUGUUGGCGGCGUACAUGUCAUCCUCUCGCCGCCCGUCCUCGAGGCCGCCCGCGCCCAAAUUGAACGGCUUCAGCAGUAUGCUGACCUCCGUGACAAGGCCGUCCUCGUCGUCGACAAGGAGCAACUUCGAAAGCUCCGGAUUCACCAAGCCAUUGCCGCCGUCUAUCAGCCCAAGGCAGCUAAAUGUUGGCCGUACAAGCUCAUCUCCUGGCUGUUGGAGAAGCUUCUCGACGACUAUGAUGCCUCAACUUUUAACCUGCAAACCAACACCCCAGUGCUGCGACUCGAGAAGCCUCCUGGAAGUGCCUGGGUCCUACAUACACAGCGGGGGGUGAUCCGGGCGCGCCAAGUGCUUCUAGCCACCAACGGCUACACUUCACACCUGCUACCGGCCAUGACUGGGCUCAUAUUGCCUGUGCGAGGGCAAGUUAGUGCUCUGGUCCCCCCCGUCAGGUCGACACCGCUCUCGCACAGCUAUGUAUGGCUCAAUGGUGCGGACCACCAGUACCUGAUCCAACAAGGAUCUAGUGAUUCUCAUUCAAGUUGCAAUGGAGACCAGUAUCUCAUCUUUGGUGGCGAAAGGCUGGUGGUGCCCGGGGGCGAAGUGGGAAUCUCAAACGACAACGUCGUCGACCCCGUCAUCGGCCAAGCACUUCGCAAAGGCCUCGAUGGCAUCGUCGAACUGCGUGACGGUGAGGAACGCAGCGAGUCGCACGCGGAGAAUACGAAAGAGCUCCAUGCAUCCUACGAGUGGACGGGUAUCAUGGGAUACUCGCGGGACAGCAGCCCCUGGGUUGGUCGAGUGCCCCCUUCGCUGUUGACCGAAUUGGCCGUUGACAAAGAGAGCAACAGCGAAGGAGUUGCCGGAGGGCUCUGGAUCAGCGCGGGGUAUACGGGUCAUGGGAUGCCUGUUGCAGCCCGUUGCGGUGUCGCCGUGGCCGAGAUGAUGGUAGGCAAGGAGUGCCUCGUGCAGGCUGAGCUGCCUCCACAGUGGCGAAAAAAUGCGUGGAAGAAGUUCCAGGAAUGGCACCGCAUUUACGGACCCGUCGUUCAUCUUCGUCUUGGUCAAAUUACCGUCAUCCUCCUGGGAAGCCAUGAGGUAGCCAGGGAGGUGCUGACAAAGCGGAGCACCAUAUACAGCUCACGUCCACGGCUGGUAGUAGCCGGUGAUUGUAUAGCCAAAGGCAUGGAUGCGGCCCUCCUGCCAGACGGGCCGAGAUGGAAGAAAUUUCGCGGCAUUCAGACGUCCGUUCUCAACGCUCGGAAGACAAAGCUCUACCGACCGCUUCAGGAGCUUGAGAGCCUCCAGCUCUUGUUUAAUCUUCUUUUCACCGACAACAACUUGGAGGCAGAGUUUGAACGAUUCUCCUCGAGUCUCGUCUCAACCCUCCUCUAUGGUCGGAGGUUCGUCAGCAGGUGCUCGCCUGAAUUCCUCCAGCGCAAGAAGACUCUCGCAGCUGUUUUCCAAUCCACCUUGCUAGGCUCCUGGCUCGUUGAUAGCUUCCCAUUUUUGCACUAUUUGCCGCGGCCCCUGGCGAGGUGGAAGAUGAUGGGCGACGAGUUACACGAGCAGCAAACUCAGCUGUAUGGAGAGUACUUCCACAACGCGUUGUCGACAAACAGCUGGAAUUGGUGCAAGCAGACCGCUUCCAGCGAUACGUCCGUGUCGGAGCGGGAGCUCAGCUUUGUUCUCGGCGACCUCUUCGGCGCCGGAACGCGUACGACGGCCGGGUCCCUAAGCGUUGCGGUCCUCGCGUGCGCCUCGUACCCGGAAACUAUGCGGCGGUUACAGGAAGAUAUAGACACCCAGGUCGGCAUUAACCGGUUACCGAACCUUGACGAUCUCAUUCCACUUGCAUAUCUACAGGCCUUCUGCCAGGAGGUGUUUCGUUGGCGGCCGGCAAUUCCGGGGGGCGCCGCCCACUCGGCGCUCCGAGAUGAUGAAUACCGGGGCUUCUUCAUCCCCCAAGGCGCUGCCGUGGUUGCAUCCCACUGGUCCCUAGAGAUGGAUGACGCAGUCUUCCGGUCCCCGGCAGACUUCAUGCCGGAGAGGUGGAUUAAUGAUGGCGACCUGCCCCUGGCCGCCUUCGGCUUCGGCAAAAGAAUCUGUCCGGGCCAAGCACUUGCGCGGAACUCGCUGAUGCUUAUCGUCGGGCGUCUUCUUUGGGCCUUUGACAUUCAAUGGAAGCACGGUCAGAGCAGGAAACACGAUUGCGACGAUACGGUGCAGGAAGGCAUUUUCGUGAAGCCCGGUCCGUUCGAGGUGUCGCUCAAGGUGCGAGAUUCAUCUAGGAGGGCCAUUGUGACACGCGAGUGGGAGGGACGUAAUGACGAUGUCAACGGCAUCUUAGACACGAUAGGUCGCCAGUUUUCUGAAACCUGA